AAGGGUACUGCGAAUAUAAUAUUCUUAUUGAUGGUCAAGUACACAGAUUUUAAUGUUUAAUUCGUCAUGAUAUCAAAUCUUUUAAUAUUCGUGUUUUUAAUUUUAUUUACUACUUCAAUGCGCACACAGUUAAUUUAUGGCCAAUACGAACAAGGAAUUCCCUUUAGGGAAAACAAUUUCUUAGGCAAUCGGCCUAUUUUGCGUGAGUACGAUUUUAUUGUCAUUGGCGCAGGUCCGGGCGGCUGUGUGGUCGCAAAUCGAUUAUCUGAAAAUCCAAAUUGGUCAGUACUAGUGCUGGAAGCAGGACAAGAUGAAUCCAUUUACACAGAAAUACCUGGCGCACAGUCUCUAUUAGAAACAUCGAGCAUCUACAGUUGGGGAUACAGCACAGAGCCGACAAAAAACGGUUGUCUAGGUUUUAAGAAUAAACGUUGCUCUUGGCCAACGGGAAAAGGCAUGGGUGGGUCAUCGAUAAUUAAUGCUUUGUUUUACACGAGGGGGAGAAAAGACCAUUAUGAUACAUUUGCAGCACUAGGAAAUGAUGGUUGGGCUUAUAAUGAUGUAUUGCCUUAUUUUUUGAAAUCUGAAAACAAUUCUAUACCAGAAUAUCAAAACUCACCAUUCCAUUCACAAAAAGGAUACUUCCACGUCGAACGAGCUCGUUAUCGUUCACCAAUUGUUGACAUGUUCAUUGAAGCAGGCGGUGAACUAGGAUUAAAAAAAAAUGUUGACUAUACAAUUGAUCCGGAAUAUGGAAUAUCUCGUAUACAAGCUACAACUAUUAAUGGGCGCCGAUUGAGUGCAUCAAAAGCUUUUAUACAUACAGCCAAAGAUCGUCAAAAUUUACAUAUAGCAAUAUUCAGCCAAGUAACAAAAAUACUCAUUGAUCCAAAAACUAAAAAAGCAAUCGGAGUGGAGUUUAUUAAAAAGGGAAAAAUUAGAACAGUAUAUUCUAGAAAAGAAGUUAUUUUAUCUGCUGGGCCAAUAAAUUCACCACAAUUAUUAAUGUUAUCAGGAAUUGGACCAAAAGACCACUUAAAACACCAUGGUAUAUCUGUUAUCCAAGAUUUACCUGUAGGACAACAUUUAGAAGAUCACUAUGGUUUAAUCGGUUUGGAAUUUAUAGUGAAUCAAACAGGUCCAGUUCUGACACAACAAAGUAUAGCAGAUCCGUUUUUGUACGAUGAAUGGUUAAAGUAUGGCCGAGGACCGCUUACAGUACCGAGAGGUAGAGACGGUUUGGCUUUCAUUAGAUCACCGUCUGGCAAAGAGAUUGAACUCGUAUUGGCUCCUAUAACUGAUAAGCCAAACAUAUUUUUCAUUAGUACUUUGUUGUUGCAACCAGACGCCCGUGGGAGUGUACAAUUAAAAAGCAACAACUCAAUGCAGCCACCCGUUAUGUACUAUGGUUAUUAUGACAAUAAUAAUGAUCUCGAGGACAAUAUAUACGCACUCAAGUAUGCUGUAAAAAUGGUAGAGGAGACUCAGGCGUUUAAAAAUGUCGCUGCCAAAUUAAACCCUGUACCGUACUCGAAAUGUGAACAUUUCCGAUUUAGAUCUGACGAGUAUUGGGGGUGUUUAUCAAAACACUUCACUAACACAUUUCAUCAUCACUGUGCUACGUGCAGGAUGGGAAGUGUCGUCAACGAUAGAUUACAAGUAUUCGGAAUUCAGGGACUACGAGUAGUGGACUCUUCGAUACUCCCACAUAUUCCAAGCGCACAUCUUUACGCCCCUAGUAUAAUGGUGGGCGAAAAAGGAGCAGAUAUGAUUCGAAGUUAUUGGUCAAAGUAAUAUUUAUUAGAGUCGUAUUACGUAUUGAUUAAUUUCUUUAU